UCAUUUUUCAAUUAAUAUAUACACAUUUCCUUUAAAUCUAACAUUAUGCAUAGUAUGAAUAGUUCAUCACUUUUACAGAAAUACAGGAUGUCAAUAUUCACUCCAGAAGGUGGCCAUAAAGACAAAAUUGAACGAAGAAGUAUAUCAGAAGAAUUGCCAAAUUUCAGCACGAAAGCAGGUGCUCAGCUAAAUGAAGCAUUAAGAAUGCAGAUGGAAGCACAAAGACGAUGGAACGAUCAAAUUGAGGUUCAAAAGAGCUUGAAAUGGAAGAUUGAAGCACAGGGAAGAUUUAUGGACCGUAUUAUCGAGGAAUAUAAGAACCGGGUACCUAGUACUAAGCCAAACAAGCCUUAUUCUUCUCCUAUACUAUCACUGCCUCCUCUAAGUGAAGAAUCUGAUCAAUCAAAUGAAAAGGAAUUUGAAUCUGAUUAUGAAGUUGAAACAAAGGGAUUCCAAGACGAAUUUCGAGCACGAAAAAAGAUCAAAAUCCAAGAAGAAAUUCUACCAAAUUUUAAUGUGUUUCCUGUUGAAGGAAAUCCAUUUGCAGCAAAUGAUGAAUUAGGGUUUUGUCCAUGGACUGUUUGCACCUUUCAGUCCCCAUUGCUGCCAUCUUCUUUAUACAACCCUCUAAAUUAGGUCAAAUGUUGCAGCAAACAUAUACUGGCACUGUUAUGAUGGUCGGAUUGUAAUAUUUUCUGAAUAAUGACCAUACUAUGUUGAAGACUUAUAGUGAUAAUCUAUUCGUCUAGUUCAUGUUCGAUUUGUAUUUAAUAAUGAAAAUGGGGUAUGGUGGAUUAAUUUAUAUGACUAUUCAAGGAGUUGUUUUCAAAGAAGUAGAUUAAAUUCUUAUAUAGUCAUGUAA